CCUUGAACGCCUCAUUUUAGGAGCGCUAACUUUCUCCCACGCUGCACGAAUAGACUACAGUAUACUGUAUUUUCCCCGUCUUCUUUCACUCAUAUUUGGUCCCAAAUGCUGAUACCAUGUGGGAACGCGUAAAGACUGUGAUCACGAUGACUCCCAUGGUGCAUCUGUGUCUUCUGGCGCUCCUGCUCAGCUCAGCUGAUGGGUCGAGCCUGGAGGGCAAGAAGGUCUCCUUUGAGAACAUGGUGGUGGAGGUACCAGAGGGGACACCCGUACCGUAUGUCCUCUAUCAGUUCCAAGUGAACCAUCCAGGUGUGAAUGGCUUCAGGCUGACUGGAGAAGGCAGCGAUGCCGUCAAGAUCUCAGAGGAUGGGUGGCUGUACCUGGACAAACCUCUAGACUGGUCCCACAAUGACAACUACCUGAUUGCGGUGGACGCUUUGGUAGAUGAUAAAGUCGCGGAAGGGCCAAUUUACGUGACCAUAAAUGUGUUGGACGUCAACAACCACGCUCCAGUCUUCAAUCAGAGUUACUACACUGCUCUGGUCCGAGAGAACUCUCCAGCAGGCGUCCCCUUCAUUCGUGUGUUUGCGUCCGAUCGGGAUGACCCCUCCACUCCCAACGCCCAACUGAGAUACAGCCUGGUCAGCCAGAUCCCCAACAGGGAAAACAGUCUGCUCUUCCAGGUGGACCCCACCACCGGCGAGAUCUCCACAUCCCAACAAGGUGAACAAAGCCUCACGGCCAGUGAGACAAUCCAGUACGCCAGAGGAGAAGACCGUGGCGUUGACGCUCUGAAGGCAAAGUUUGACGACUACUGUCCCGCGCCGACCAUCCCACAUGAAGAGAAUCCCUUCUUCACCUGUGUGGAGAGAGCAGAGAUGAGAAGGAGGAACCUAAACCCCCUGGAGGACCCGGACUACACCUUGUUUGUGCGGGUCCAGGACAUGGGGGGAGCGUCAGAGACAGCGUUGAGUGGUAACACCAGAGUGCACAUUGUGGUGCAGCCCAACCUGUGGGUGAACCCUGGCCGGAUCAGCAUUAGAGAGCACGCGGAAGGAUCUUACCCGCGUAUCGUUGCAAAGGUCCAAUCCAACGAUCCUAACGCCGUCUACAGGCUUGUACAGAAAGACAGAGAGCUGACCUUCCCCUUCCAGAUCACAGAAGAUGGAGAAAUCCUCCUGACGGAGGAGUUGGACAGGGAAGAGAAGGACAUGUACAUCCUGGUGGCGAUGGCAGAGGAUGAGUAUCAGAACCAGGUGGAUCCACCCAUGGAGAUCCAGGUCGUGGUGGAGGACGUGAACGACAACGCACCCGUGUGUGUGAAUGAGGAGAGUGUGUUUGAGGUGCAGGAGGAUGAGCCUGUAGGCAGCCUGGUUGGACAACUGCUGGCCCACGAUGACGACGAAGAAGGGACGCUCAACGCUCUGCUGACCUACACCAUCGUGUCCCAAGAGCCGACCACCUCGCUUGGCUCCUUCGCCAUCGACGCCGCCUCUGGUCGAAUUCAAGCACUGCGCUCGCUGCAGCGUCGAGAGCAUCAGGUGUACAAGCUCAGCGUCCGAGUCAGUGAUCCAGCUUACAGUGCAGAUUGCAAGGUUGUGGUCAAGGUCAUUGAUGUCAACAACGAGCUGCCUCUCUUUGAGAAGAAUGAUGUAAGGGCACACAGAAACGUGUGUUGUAUAUGUGUGUGUGUUAAUAUGUGUGUGUGUUGCGGCGUGCAGUAUGGCAGCCACACGCUGGCGGAGGACGUGGACGUAGGACACACGGUGCUCAGCAUCACGGCGUCAGAUGCGGACGACCCGGAAAGCGGCAGCUCCUACAUCGAGUUCCACAUCUCAGAAGGCAAUGAUGACGAGGUCUUCGCCGUGAAAACAGACGGGAAAGGCGUCGGCCACCUGGUCAUCGCUAAGCCACUGGACUUCGAGACGUCCACCUCCUACAAGCUGAAGAUCGACGCUCGUAACCCGGAGCCUUUGAUGAGCGGCCUGGAGUACGGCAGCGAAUCCAGCACCUACGUGUCGUUGUCUGUCACCGAUGUGGACGAAGCCCCGGAAUUCAUGUUGGACAUGCUGGAUGUGAGCGUGCUAGAAAACACCACCAAGGGAGCUGUGCUGCUCACUGUGGAGGCCAAGGACCCCGAGGGCAAAGAGAUACGUUUUAAGAUGGACAGCGACCCUAAGGGGUGGCUGGAGAUGGACGCCGCCACGGGACAGAUCAGGACCAAAGACAAGCUGGACAGGGAGACUCUGGAGACAUUUGAGGUCAAGGUCACGGCCUUUGAAAAAGAUAACCCGGACAAGUAUGAUGAGCGCGUGGUGUCCAUGAGGCUGCUGGACGUCAACGACAACGUCCCCAAACUGACAGAGAGGCAGGCCUUCAUCUGCGUGCAGAAACCGGAAGCGGUCUUCAUCAAGGCUCGUGACGCAGACGGCCCCCCCUUCUCACAGCCUUUCACCUUCGCCUUCGCACACGGAAAGAAGUCCCACAACUGGGACCUGCAAGUCGUGGACGGAACCACCGCAAAGCUGACCCUGAAGAAAACACCUACUGAAGAUAAAACCUUCUCGCUGCCCAUCAACAUUAAAGACAACUCAGGAAUGGGAGUCACACAAGCCUUUGAUGUCCACGUGUGUACGUGCACGGAGCUGGGCUACUGCUACACGGCACCCGCCGAACACGGCUUCAAAUACGGCCUGGGACCCACCAUCGGCAUCUUGGCGGGAAUUCUGGGGUUCUGCGCGAUCGUCUUCGUCAUCGUGAUCAAACGUUCGAGGAAACAGAAGAAGGCGGCGACGGAGGAGAGGAACGCCUUAAUGUAGAGAUGGCAUAGACCAUUUGCCUUUCACGUGAGGACUUGUGAAGGACAUGAAGGUCCAUUAAGAGGUUAGCUUAGCCUGCAGUCAUCCGUAAAAAGACAUUUUCUAGCUUAUCGUAUUUACUAUUUGCCGGACGUAAUUCCAAAAAGGCGGUAGAACCCUAAUUUAUUGACACGUGGCCCCCACACAUGUAACAAUCCUGAAUGUUUGUCAUGUUUGUUUUGUGCAAUGACUGCUCUUUUCCCCCAAUAAACAAAGCAAGUGGGCGCCACUUUAGCACUCUGGCCGCUGCUUUCAACA